AUGGUCAGCUCGAUUCUUAAAAAGAUUACAGGCACCGAAAGACAUUCGGCGGAUGCUGCAACAGCAGAUUCUACAUUGAAUAUUCACUAUUCAAAAACAUCUACUCUUAAUGAUGAAAUUCAAGAAUUGCCUAAAUUGCACACUAGGGACAGUUUUGGCAACAGUGACAGUGAGUCUUUAGAAACUAUUGUCUCAUUAAGAGAAAUUGACGAGAAAAAGGAUGGGAAUGUUGAAACAACAAAUGGUGAUCUUGAAGAUGACAACGAUGAUGAUAUUGAUUUUCCAGAAGGUGGGUUACGUGCCUGGAUUGUGGUAUUUGGUUGUUUCCUAGGUUUGACUGCUUGUUUCGGUUUAUUGAAUACUAUUGGUGUUAUAGAGACACAUAUUCAAAGUCAUCAAUUAUCAAAUGAGAGUUCCCAAGUAAUUGGCUGGGUUUUUUCUAUUUUCCUUUUCAUCUGUUUCAGUUCGUGUAUUUUCAGUGGUACAUAUUUCGAUAGAAAUGGUUUCAAAGUACCAAUGAUUAUUGGCUCAGCUUGUCAAGUCGGUGGUUUGUUUGGUGUAGCCAACUCGACUAAAAUUUGGCAUUUCUUCUUGUCAUUAUCUGUUUUAUCAGGUUUUGGUAAUGGUAUUAUCAUGAGUCCAUUAGUAAGUGCGCCAUCUCAUUAUUUUAAAAAAAGACGUGGUACUGCUACAGCUGUCGCAACUAUGGGUGGUUCAUUAGGAGGUACAAUAUUUCCGAUUAUCCUUCGUAAAUUCUUUAAGAUGGAAAAUAAAAACAACCCUGAUGAUAUUAAUUAUGGCUUUAUUUGGGGUGUUAGAAUUAUUGCCUUCAUCAACCUAGGUUUACUAAUUAUGUCUAUUAUUUUGGCAAAGGAAAGAAUAGUAAUGGAAACAAAACUAAAGGAAGGUGAACCAAAAUGGAAAUCUAUCAUAAGAGUAUACAUCUUACAAAGCUUCGAUUCCAAGGCAUUUUUAGAUAUGAAAUACUUUUUUGCAGUUGCUGGUACAGUAUUUGCUGAAAUCUCGUUGAAUUCAGCAGUCACAUAUUAUGGAUCAUACUGUACAAGCAUUGGUAUUAGUGACUCGGAUGCUUACACCAUGAUCAUGACCAUGAAUUUAUGUGGUAUUCCUGGAAGAUAUGUGCCAGGCUAUUUGAGUGAUCAUUUGGGUAGAUUUAACAUCUCCAUUUGGACUUUGACAUCUUUGGGGAUUCUAAUGUUUGUUGGGUGGCUACCAUUUGGUACUUCAUUAACAAGCAUGUAUGUUAUUAGCGCCCUGUAUGGAUUCUUUUCGGGAAGUAUUUAUUCCCUAUUGCCUGUCUGUAUUGGACAAAUAUCUAAGACAGAAGAAUUUGGUAAACGUUACGCUACAAUGUAUGUUGUAGUAGCCUUUGGUACUUUAAUUGGUAUUCCAAUUACUGGUGCUAUCAUUGGUAAUGAAUCUAAUGCUAAUUAUAAGCAUUAUAUUAUAUUUUGUGGUGUAAUGUCAUUAGCAGGCGCUGCUUGUUUCGUUAUCUCCAGAUCCUACUGCGUUGGUUUGAAAUUGAAGAAAUUUUAG